AUGAGCGACUCCUUCAUUCUCCACAUCCAGCUUCAGUCGCUCGCAUCUGCAUCUGCUCUGCUUUGUAAACCUGGAGAAGCUCCUAAACUCCUGAUUUACUGGGCAAGCAGACUCCAGUCAGGAACUCCAUCUAGAUUCAGUGGCAGUGGAUCUAACAGUGAUUUCACUCUGACCAUCAGUGGAGUCCAGACUGAAGAUGCUGGACAUUAUUACUGUAAGCCUGGACAUGUAUUCGACAGCAGAAAUGUCCGGACUUUCGGCAGCGGCACCAAACUGGAUGUUGGCAGCGUCACUCGUCCUAAAGUGAGCGUCCUGCCGCCCUCCAGUGCAGAGAUCUCCUCAAAGAAGACAGCGACACUGGUGUGUGUGGCCAGCAAGGGCUUCCCGUCAGACUGGAGCCUGAGCUGGAAGGUGGACGGGAGCAGCAGGUCUCAGGAGAGCAGCGCUGGGCUCCUGGAGAAGGACGGUCUGUACAGCUGGAGCAGCAGCCUGACUCUCUCUGAGCAGGAGUGGAUGGAGAGCGUCUCAGUGAGCUGUGAGGCCACACGGAGCGGUCAGCCUGCGCUCACUGGACACGUGACGAGACAGCAGUGUUCAGAGUAGAUCUGCUGCUCUUCUCACUCAUGUCUCACAUGGAGACUAACAGCACAUGAGCGACUCCUUCAUUCUCCACAUCCAGCUUCAGUCGCUCGCAUCUGCAUCUGCUCUGCUUUGUGUGCUUCAUACAAGAACAUAUGUGUCUGCUUUAUCAUUCAGUUAUGAUGCUAUUACAAUUCAGUCAAUAAAUAAAAUACAAUAGUAACUU